UAUGGAGUCAUUUAUAUCUCUGUGUUAUAGGAGGAGCUACACUCUCCCCACAACAAACAGGUUGAUCUGGUACCCAAGCCCUCAGCGGCCGUCACCCUGGUAACGGCGUCUAAAGGGCACAGUGGAGGCUGGCAAAGGUUCCAUUGUUAUAGGAAAAGUGAAACUAGUGACCGCGCCCGGGGUUCCCUGGAGAACACACGGACAUGAUCACAGUAGCAAAAUGGGCCUCACCCCGACUCCUCUUCUGCCCCCACCCCACCCACAAAGCAAAGGUUACCCCUUCCUGGUGGAUGUGGGGCAACAGGUGCCGGGUGCCCAUCCAGGACUUUGCGGAGUCCCCUGAGGGACACGUGGUGCUGCCUGCCACAGAUUCGUCGGAUUCUACCGAUGCUUUCAGGAGGCUGAUUGAACAGAGAACAAGACUGGAGGGGCAAAUAAGAGGCUUUUAAACGUGGGUACGUUUUGUUUGCCACUUUACAUAAAAUUGGACAAUGAAUUACAACAAGCAGAUGGAUAUCAUCAACGCCACCGCCUUACCAUUGAUACCAGUGGCUGAGCAGCGGGCGGUCUCCCUCAGUGUACAGAAGGCAACGGAAUGUGCUAUGAGGAAGACUUUAGAGGACCUUUUAUCCACCUGCCUCCAAGGAUCCAUUCCCCAGGUGAACCAGAGGAUCACUGAGAUGGACCUGAGUACCAACUCGAUGGCCAACAGCCUGGCAAUUGAGAGAUUUGAGUUGGAGAAGAAGGCUUUAAGAGAGAAAAGUCACAGCAGCCCAGGAGACAGAGUCAAGAGACCAAGAAAAGCACAGUACUCCUGCAUAGGUGCAGCACUCAGGACCACUAACUUUUCCCUUAUAAAGAGGAAAACUGCAGAUAAAAAUCUGCUGGCUGAGCUGUACCAGCCCCCCCCCCAGUAUAACGACACUAGGCCCAACAAGCUCCCCAAUGGGGUGCACUUCUGUGACAUUGUGGGCAACGUGGUCCGGGCUGAGAAAAACCCACUCAGUGGCAAGAUAAGGACAGGGAAUGCAGAAUUGGAGAAGUUUCUCUCUUCUCCUUCUUUCAGAGCAAUAUGGCUGGAUAGCUUUUGGUGGAUAUUUCAUGAAAGAUACCAGCCAGACAAGGAGAUACAGAAUAAGCUGUUUGACCACAUCGCACGACACUAUACCUUCCUUCUGUUCCGUGGGCCCAGGUCUCAUUAUGAAGAGGCACUCUUAAAAAGGCUGCCGUUUCUGCUGAGCAAAGCCGUGUAUACCAGCUUCUGCUGCUGCUUCCCGCAGUCCUGGUUCAACACUCAUGAAUUCAAGUCGGACAUCUGCAACACCAUGAACCUGUGGAUCACAGGGAUGAAUGCUUGCCCACAGAACUAUAACAGCUGGGACUACUCUGAAUUGGAUCCAGAGAGAUUCCGGAGAGAAGAAUUAAUGCUGCAGAGAAGACUCCUGAUAAAGAGAAGAGGGUUUUCCUUCUGUAAGAGAGCCUCCACGCACAAGCUGGUCUCAAGCCAGAAGCCCCACCAUGCUCUGGUAAGUGGGGAGCCCUGCAGGCUACAGAAACCCAGGGUUCGAAGAGCACCAGUGGCCUCCUGUGGGUGGCACAUCGCUGUGCCCUGCCCUGGCCUACCCCAGAUUCUCGGGUCCCACCCUACGGCCAUUUCCAUGGCCCUCAUCUCUGCCCAACUCCAAGUCCAGAGAGGUCACGAGGCUGGGCCCCGAUCUCCAUUCUGCCUCCAUCCCAGACCAGGUGCAGGCCCCUUCAGCCCCCAGUCUCUGCUGAGCUCCUGGGAUUGUCUUUCUGCGCUUCCUUUGCUAAGAAUGAUGAGAACUAUCUUAGAUGUUGCACGUAUUCCUCUCACUACCAGUGUUCCUAACUCUGUUCCUUUCCCUUUUCCUCCCCUGGAGUUUUCUAGUGUAUGUUCAGCUGACAGGAGGGUCUCUUCUGCCAACUGGCAUUCAGCAGGAAGCUCCCGAUGCCAGAACACCCUGAAAGAACAUCAUCACUGUAAAACCCUGGUCUUGAGGAAAGCUACACAGCAAGUCAAGAGGAUCUCAGAAGCAAGAGACUGUGAGAAGUUUUCUAAACAGUCUCACCCGGCCUGCAAAAGCCCACCGCUGACUUCAAACCUCUUCAACAUCUACGGGAAGAGCCCUCUGAUCGUGUACUUCCUCCAGAACUAUUCCAGGCUGCGCCAGCACGGGGAAAGGACCAAGGUCAUACCUGAAUCCACCCCAACCUACGCCAAGGUCAUCAGCCUGACCCUGAGCAACAUGAAGAACUACAGGGACCACUUUGAGCAGUUGAACCAGCUUCACCACAGUGAAUGGAAUUAUUUUGAUAGUCACCUAAAGGACCUGCAUGACCGCUUCCUGAGGGAAGUGAAGAACACUGAGAAGAAAGCAGCAGAUGAAAGACAGGCCAGUCACACGAUCAUCCUGCCCUCCUCCUCCCACUCCUGCACUGAGGGGCUGCUUGAAAAGGAACACAGAAGAAACUGUGGCAGAGAAAUUGCCUUUCUCCUAAGACAGACAGAGACCAACAAGAAGCCAAAAGCUCUGCAAAAAAAGGGGCCCCUCAUCUUCAGCCUCUUGCCAUCCCCCUUGCAUGAAUGAAUCUUGUCCAAGAACUGGGAGAAACUUCAGAGGGGAAGCUCGCAUGUUGUUGGAGUUCAUCUAAAAACAACCAAACAAUCAAAAAUACUGCAAGCGGGGAUUCCCCAUCCAUGGGAAAAAGAAUAUUAAAGUUCACUUCAACUGUGGGCCAAAGACAGGAUUUAAGCACCUGGUUAUUCUUUUAUUCACUCCCUUAUGAAUCAUGAUGUGAUAGCCAACCUGUCUCCAUUUUGUGCCUCAUCACCAUUCCCCCUCCCCCCUUGGGAGUCCUCUCUGUUGAUGCUUGACAGACCACUGCACCCCAUUUGGUAGAGCAGUCUGCAGCUAUAUGUUAUCUUUAUGACCUUGUGAAGAGAAUACUCUGCACCUAUGUGAUAUUUUGUUUCAACUAAAUUCUGUGAAACUUCCCCUGACCCUCACUAAUUUAGCAAAGCUCUGCUUCUGUAAAAUUCUGCUUGUGUUCCCCCUCUCCCAGAGCCGUCCCCAACUAGAAGAGCCACUAAAAAAGAAACCUGCAAGCUGCUUUUCGGGGUCAAGAGAUUCUGAGUGCUAGCUCCUCUCAACCGCCAGCAAUAAAGGACUCAAAUUUG